AUGGGAGUUACCGCCGGCAAGUCAAAGGCCGAAAAGAAGGCCAAGAAGGAGCGCAAGACAGAGGUCCGCAAGCUUCGUCGUCAGGCCAAAGCAGAGGCCAGACGCGCGCGAGACGCGGCAGAAAAGGGAGAUGAUAAGGCACUGGCUAUCCUCAACCGACCCAGCAAGAUGGAGUCCCGGAGGAGGAGGCUGCUCGUGCGGUCCCAGAAGCUAAAGGUCAAGGCUGCCAGGCUGAUGGAGGAGUCAGAAAAGGCUGCCAGGCAGUACGAGCAGCUUGUCAAGAUUGAGCAGAAGAGACUUGCCCAGGAGGGUGACAAGCCCGCCACCAAGGACGAGGACGUCCCCAUGGCUGACGAUGACGAUGACGAUGAUGAGACCUCCUCCUCCGAUGACGAGUCUACAUCCUCCAACGCCCCUGGCGGGGCUGAUGUGGCUGUGGCCGACGACGACGACGACGACGACGACGACAAGGCCGCCAGUGUUCCAGCAGACGAAAUUGUCCUCAAGAAGCGCCGUGAGAGUGACGCCGGGUCCAUCCUGAGCGUUUCCGAGGCCGGAGAGCACCGACCCAAGACGAAGAAGGAUAAGAAAAAGAGCGGCAAGUCUACGAAGCCAGAGGAAGACGAGAUCAGCAAGACCGACAAGAAGGCAAAGCGCAAGAGGACUGACGAGGUCAAGCCUGAAUUUGCUAAGGAAGCUGAGCGGUGGAACAUUGCCGAGCUGGAGGGCGGCAAGGCCCGUCAGGAAAAGAUGCUGCGUCUCCUGGGUGGUAAGAAGAGCGGCAUAUCGACGGGGCCAUCUGGCAAGGCUGGCGGCAGCAAGUCUAGCUCCAUCAAGGCCGAGGCCGACAUCCAACGACAGUUUGAGAAUGGUAUGAAGCAGAAGAACGAGGGUGGUCCUGGACGUCGUGGUCUAGGCGCAUAG